UUAUCGCUGACACGCCUUACGUCACUUCCGGGCCCGGCUGAUUUCCCGGUUUCUGCGCUGUCCCUCUCGGUUAGAGAGAGAUGCUAUAUACCGGCGAUAGAUCUUUCCUUCCUCUACCAGUUUUGGAUCCCAAAUUGCUUUUGUGCUGCACUUUUCUCCAUCUACGAUGCUGAACAGAAGCUCCUUCACUACCCUGGUGGUUGGCGUGUUCAUUGUAUAUGUAGUGCAUACCUGCUGGGUAAUGUAUGGCAUCGUCUACACAAAACCCUGUGAAAGCCACAGUGACAACUGUAUCAAGCCAUACCUAUCUAAGAGACCGAAGCUUCAGUUGAGUGUAUAUACUACUACAAGGACUAGUAUUAGCGCGGAGAAUAACGUUGAUUUGGUUUUGAAUGUUGACAACUUUGAUGUGGAGACAAGAUUUGAAAGAACUGUGAAUGUAACUGUUCCAAAGAAAACCAGAAAUAAUGGGACGCUGUAUGCAUAUAUAUUUCUGCACCACGCUGGAGUUUUACCCUGGCAUGAUGGUAAACAGGUGCACAUAGUGAGCCCAUUAACUACUUACAUGAUUCCCAGGCCUGAAGAGGUAAAUCUCAUCACAGGGGAAACUGGCACCCAGCAAAUUGAUACAGAAAAGAAAGAUUCCAAUGCUUUGGAUGAACCUGUCUCUCAUUGGAGGUCACGGCUCACGUUGAACGUUAUGGUGGACGAUUUCAUUUUUGAUGGUUCCUCACUACCUGCUGAUGUUCAUAGAUAUAUGAAAAUGAUACAGCUGGGGAAAUCUGUUCAUUACCUUCCCAUAUUAUUUAUCGAUCAGCUAAGUAAUCGAGUAAAGGAUUUAAUGAUGAUAAACCGCUCCACAACAGAACUUCCUCUGACCGUUUCUUAUGAUAAGAUAUCAUUGGGAAAACUUCGCUUUUGGAUUCAUAUGCAAGAUGCCGUUUACUCUUUACAGCAGUUUGGUUUUUCUGAAAAAGAUGCAGAUGAAGUAAAGGGGAUAUUUGUUGACACCAACCUUUAUUUUUUAGCACUCACUUUUUUUGUUGCUGCUUUUCAUCUUUUAUUUGAUUUUCUUGCAUUUAAAAAUGACAUUAGUUUUUGGAAAAAGAAGAAGAAUAUGGUUGGGAUGUCAACAAAAGCAGUAUUGUGGCGUUGCUUUAGUACUGUGGUAAUCUUCCUUUUCCUUCUGGAUGAACAAACCAGUUUAUUGGUAUUAAUUCCCGCUGGCAUUGGAGCUGUAAUAGAGGUGUGGAAGGUUAAGAAAGCCUUGAAAAUCACAUUCCAGUGGAGGGGUCUGAUGCCACUAAUCAAGUUCGGAGCCUGCAGUGAAUCCGAAAAGAAGACUGAAGAGUAUGAUACCCAGGCCAUGAAAUACCUGUCAUACUUGUUAUACCCUCUGUGUGUGGGGGGAGCCGUUUAUUCGCUCCUAAAUAUAAAAUACAAAAGCUGGUAUUCUUGGCUAAUAAACAGCUUUGUGAACGGUGUUUAUGCAUUCGGAUUCCUCUUCAUGUUGCCUCAGUUAUUUGUAAAUUAUAAGAUGAAAUCUGUGGCACAUUUACCAUGGAAGGCAUUCACCUAUAAAGCAUUUAACACCUUUAUUGAUGAUAUCUUCGCUUUUAUUAUAACCAUGCCAACCUCACACAGAUUAGCAUGUUUUAGAGAUGAUGUGGUCUUUCUAAUUUAUUUGUACCAAAGAUGGCUUUAUCCUGUGGAUAAGACUAGAGUAAAUGAAUAUGGCGAAUCCUACGAAGAAAAACCGAAACGCAAGCCACAUAUAAACUAGAUUUCAUUCAUAUGGACUACCUUAUCUCUUACUUGAAAGAUAUGGUGUGCAAUGAAGAAAACCGUGAAAUUAUCAAUGAGUAUUUUGAAUGCUGUGGCAAACCUAUCUGGACAUUGCACUGUCCGUGUUGCCAAAAUCUUAAAAUGUGUUUCAUUAACAAAACGUUUCCCACAGCUUUCCUUUCACUUUUAUCUUUAAUUUAUUUUAUACCAGUCAAAAUGGAGUUACCAUAAGAAAGCAGUAAUGCUGUUUAGUUUACUUUUUUAAGAAGGAAUACAUUCCAUUUACAUGCAGAGACUAUGUGCAUUCCUCAAUAUUUGGGACUCUGGUACUCUGAAGCUCUGGCUGACUGUAUAUAAUACUUACAAGUAAUGUUUCGUAAGGUAGCACAUGGUGUCAUCCACAUUCCGUUGCUCUUAUUUACAUGAGAUGUCUAAAACAUUGCUAUAAUCAAAAUCGGAUAUGUCAAGAAAUGAACAACGGGGCCCAAGCUUGAAGAGUAAUAUGCAUUUAUUACGGCACUUUGCAUUUUUGUUGAAAUGAUGUGCACCCGAUUCAGGUUUCAUAAGCAUGUUUUGACCAGAGCAGCAUGUUUUGGGAUAUAUGUUUUGGUCAUCAAUGUCAAAGUUGAGUAACUGUCAUUUACUGUUCUGUUUCUUUAAAAGGGACCGUUUUAUGUUUCUUUUCUGUUUUAUCUGGUUUAAAUAAAAUCUAAAUUGCAUAGAC